AUGUUCACUUGGACCAAGGGGGCCUUGGACUGGUUCCAGUCCUGGGCAACGUCGCCUACCACAGACCGCAACGCAGAGCGAGGCGCUGCGCUGCAUCCUGGAGGUUUCCCGGAACACUUUGAUGGAGAGGAUGGCGGCCUUCUUCGGACGCUAGUCAUUCGGGACCGAGAAAUUAUCCUCUGGUCACCACCGAUUGCAACUGGCGGGUAUGCGACGAUCCAUGCGGCCUCGGAGCGUUGUGACGACAAGAACAGCCGCUAUACGGCUCCGUAUGUCGUCAAAGCGACCCACUUUGGGACCUCGGCAGACAUUCGGCGCCUUGCGGAGAACGAACGCGCCAUCUACGAGUACCUAGAGUCGUGCCGAUGCCACGAUCGACCGCAGCUUCCAAAUGGCGUGGUAAGGUUUUACGGUAGUUGUGUGCUGGAAGGCACCGAAAGCUCGGUGUUUCUUCUGCUGGAACGAGUUCGAGGCGGCUCGCUCGCGGAGCUAUUCGAGAGAGAGGCCCUAGCUCGCCAGCCGCUACCAGAAUCCCGGUUGCUUCGGAUUGCGCUAGACCUCCUGGGUGCACUCCGCUACCUGCAUGCUUUACAACCCGCAGCGAUCAUCCAUCGCGAUGUGAAGCUCGAGAACAUUCUGUACGACCCGCAGGCGCAGCGCUGGUUGCUCUGCGACCUCGCGAGCGCUCAGCUUUUUGUUCCGGAAGGCGAUCAUCGAACAAGUCCAGGAGAGAGCGCGCUGGCAUCGCAUCCCGUUGCGACGGCGAAUGUCCCGCAUGACCCGAAUUCGUCGACCAUAGCCAUGACGACUAGAUGGUACAGGGCCCCGGAGAUGAUCGACGCUUUUGCAUCAGCGAGCCUCGUGCAUAGCAUGCCAGAGAAGCAGGAUAUUUGGGCUUGCGGGUGUGUGCUUUUCAGCUUGGCGUAUGGCUUUCAUCCUUUCGCCAAUGAUGGCGAACUGCAGAUCAUCUCUGGUGCUCCCUGGCAUCUAAUUGAUAGCAAACGGCGGGCUCAGUACUCUGAUCGUGUCGAGCAGCUUCUACGAGGUCUUUUGAAACUGGACGUGCAGCGACGUUGGUCUGCAAACGAAGCGAUUGCUUUUCUUCUCCAAGAGAGCGAGCAAGACGAACACCCAUUCAGCUCACGAGACGCACAGCUGAAUGUCCACGAUGCUUCGCUCAAUAGCGAUGCGCUGCAAGCUCAUGGAAGCGCCUGUUCAGCACCGAUGGAUGAUGAACUGUGCUGGGCGACCUUCCCCGAGGUAGACACCAGCCGGCAUUUUGAAUUCAGUGGCAAGACGUGCUCCGGCAGGCAACGUGAGGUCCACGGCGGAUCAGCUUCCGUCAAGCGUUCAUUUGCAGGUGCGCCGCAUUCCCUGAAUUCAAUAGCCAGCGAAUAUCCCGGAUCCCAGAGAGUGAAUGCGGAUUACACACAGCUGGCCGUAGCGGAAUCCAUGGCUCGCAAAGGCACGAGCCACGCCGCUUUGAAUCCGUCGGAACGCUCGGACAUAACUUCAGAACCUGUCUCUGGGAUCGCUACAAGACAGCACGUUUACGGGAUCGCGGGAAAGGAACCGCCGCAGACCGCCACCAUCGCCAGCACCACAACAACAAAGCAUUCCAAUCAGUCCAAUGGUACGUCAGAACGAGACCUCAUCGACUGGCACUGA